AGCCAUGCAAGGUAAUGCUUCCCUUCAGUCUAGACUCUCUGGGAGUUGAACGAAUAUAACUGAUCUUAUUUUAACUUUAAUUUUCUUUCUUUAAAGACAUUCUUAUUUUUCAACAAUUUUAAAUUCUAUAUUUACAUCUUAUUUCAUUCUUGUAAAGGGCAAAAAAAAAAUUUUAACUCAUACUUUUGAGGGAUUUUCAGUAGAUCCAGGGGAAAAAAAAAAUAGGUCGAGGAUGUCCUGUAUUGGAAUAUAGAAACUGAGGAACCGGAAUUCGUAUAAGGGGGAAGAUGAUGGCAUACGUGAACUGCAUCUCUCCCCAACUGGCAGGGAAGUGCUGGAACAGGGUUUACUAUGAAGAUGAGGAUGAGCUCCUUCCAAUCUACAUUCACAAACCAAACAACCUCCAGUCUCAAAAUGGGGGCAGCCUCCGUCGCAGGCUUCUUGUCUCCAAGAUCCAUGAGCGGCAGGAUAGACUUUGGUAUUCCAGACACUGGGAUGGACCUUCAUUAUUUACAAGCAUUCAACCACUUCAGACACAGCACAGAAGCACUUUCAAGCCCAUGCAGGAGGAUUGUACAGCUGUGUCCAGUUUAGAUGAAGAAAGCAAGUGGACAGUACAUUACACAGCUCCCUGGCAUCAGCAAGAGAAUGUAUUUCUGCCAGGAAGCAGACCACCCUGUGUGGAAGAGCUGCACUGCCAGGCCAAGGUCAACCUGAAGACUGUCCUCAGAGAAUGUGACAAGCUGCAGAAAGAUGGCUUUUGUGAUUCCCAGUACUACUCCCAAGGCCCAACAUUCUCCUCGCCUCUCUUGACUGAUAGUGAUGGAAAACUGGACCAAGUUGAGAUUGAGAAGAAAAAAAAGCGGUCUAGAAUACUAGACUGUUUGCCAGAGUAUUGCCUCUCUUUCUGCUAUCAGUUGAAACCUUGCAGGAAAAAGUCAUCAGAGACGUCAGCCGAAGAAGAGAAGCUGGUGUACUCCUUCAGGCCACAGACCCCUCUGCUGAAUACCAUCAGUGAUAUAAACAACCAUAACAGCUGGAGUAAAUGUCUACCCCUACCAACACCGGAGGAGAAAAUGAGGCAGGAAGCACAAUCUGUGACUACUGAUAUUGUCCCCAUCAAUAUCACAGGAGAGAACUUUGACCGGCAGGCAAGUUUUCGUCGUACCAUAAUUAACACUGACACUAUAAUACGGAGGUCAAAGAGGGUGAAACGAAGGAAGACUAUAACAGGGGUUCCAGACAACAUCAAAAGAGAAUUAGCAAACAAUGAACAAACUGAAAACAGAUCUCAAUCCAUCUACACAACAGACCAGUACUCUACACUGGGCUCAAUCAAGCAUUUAGUCACAUGUGAAUCUGGCUGCCAGACAGAUGAUAUAAAGAAUGCACCGCCCUCGAUGCGUAGAAUUCGUUCACAAAAGGGUCAUGGCAUUACUACUCAAAUGGCAAACAUGUCUCUCUCGUCUUCUGGGAGCAUCCCGAACAUGAGUGACUGCAAUGAUGCUGUCUCUACUCAUCAACUUAAUGCCAGUCUGCAAGGAUUUCAUAGUCUGCCUCGUCAGGGUGCUCGAAUUUGUCUUCAAAAGCUCGAGGCAAAUUGCAGCAGUUCUCCGUAUUUGGCUGUCUCAGGCUCCACAAGCUCCUUACCCUACCAGGUUACCAGGCAAAAUGUUAGCCCAGACUCACAGCACAUGUCUGAUUUUAGAAAAAAUACAUAUGUCAGUUCAAGGUCUGAUGAAUUUCAUGCCUUCCAGAAUAAAUCCCAUAAUGCCGCUUCAGGCUACAUGGAUUCCAUUCACAGUAGUAGCACAUCCUCUUUGAACGCUGGAAUUGUUUUACAGGACUCAAGAAACCAUAGUUCUGUCCACUCAUCACAAAGCUUUGACCCAGAAGAGGCCCCACUAUAUCCUAUACCAACUUGCCCCUCGGAACAACCUUUUAGCAGUAGUGAAACCUCUUGUUCUGCCAGUUCCUCUUGCUGUCAGUCUCCAGCCUUCCUCCACAUGGCUACAGAGACCCAGUGCCAAUGUAGUAUGCUUGAUGGAAGGAACUGUAGUUCCAGUAGUGUCUGUGAAGACUCUGACAUACCAGAAGGGAGCAUUCCUAGCUGCAGCACACUGACCACUGACCACUGGAAGUAUAAACCUGCUUCAGUGGACCAAUGUACCUCAAGCUGUUCAUCCAAUAGCAGUAAUGUUUGUAAUAGUCUGGAACAUUCACCCAGAAAGACAGAUUCCUGGUUUUCUGUUUAUAAUGAGGGAUUCUAUAGCUCUAUUCAUUUGGUACCAGAGUAUAAAUCUUACAGUCAUGGUUGCAUCAACAAAGCAGAGGAUGCAGGACAAAAUUUGUAUGAGUGUAAGGAGCACCACAGUCAUGAAGACCGUGUAAGCCUGCACAGUAAUCAUUCUGUAACUCGCAGCAUCUCUCUGCGAAAAACCAAAAAGCCCCCACUCCCUCCCAGAAGAACUGACUCGCUGCAACGCAAACCACAGCAAAAAACAAACCACAAUGAGAAGGUGCUUAAUGAGCAACUGAUCUCCAGUCUUAAUGAAUCACUGAAAAGUCACAGUGCCUCAUUCUCUGGUCAGAUGUCCUUCAGUGGAUUAGAAGACCCUUGGGGACUGGGUCUUAGAAGCCAGAGCUCAGUUAGUGUAGCAAGCAGUGGAAUGUCAGCACCAGCUGCUGUGUGUCCGACCACACCAACACACAGUGACAGCAGCAGUCAGCACUCAGAAUACACUGAAUCAUGGGACUUUUACAUGGAUUUUCCCCGCUCAUGCUCUGAUCAUGGGCAAUCCUUUCAAAUUACGAGGCCUGUGCUUACCAAAGAGAAUUCAGAAGGCUUAGAUCAUAAUUUAAUUCCAUCAACUGCCUGCAACAAGACUGGGAAGAAAUCCAAGGUGUCCGCAUCACCAGACAAAGUCCAACUUUUGACUUCACCAUCUAGUGGUUAUUCAAGUCAGUCUAUUACACCAACAGCAGGUACCCCAGUGACCUCACUUAUGAGAGUCAAAUCUCCAUCAGGAAGGCCCAAACCAAAAGUCCCAGAAAGAAAGUCCUCACUACGGUCCUCUGUAUCCCCUUACUCUACAUCCCUGUCUUCAAAUUCAUCAGAGUCUGUCAGGAGCCUUCCAACACCUCCUCCUCUGCCUCAAAUAUUGCCUGGUUUAGUCAUCCCUCAGUCUAGUUCAGCUAUUACUAUGCCCAGUUUAAUUAAGACCAGUGUAUCCCCAAUCAUGCCAUUAUCAUCUCCUCUGUCUAUGAGCUCUCUUCCAGAGCCAUCUACAAUUCCAGAAAAAUGUCAAACAUUCAUAAGCUCUUCAUCUAACUCUCCUUCCCCUACAUCUGAAGCCUCAUCUCUGAUGCUGAUUGAAAAUAAAAUGAGCCAUCCACAACUCCCACCACCUCCACCUCCUCCUAUUUCAUCAAAUAUUCACACUCAGUCUUUUACCCCACCUUUGCCCGGGACAGGUUUUCAAACCGUAACCAUUUUAAAAGCAACAAAUUCCCCUAUAGUUUUGGAUACAACGAAAAAGGUAAAUGAACUACCAACCAACUCUAGGCAGUCUGACAGACCUGCAGGAAAUGACAGGCCAGUCAUUUCUGCACAAGCUCUCCAGAGGGUACAGCUCCGACCAAUAAAGCUUAUGAAAUUGGAAAAUAUUUUCACAGAUAUUAUAACAACAGUUUGUGGCUCAGAAAACCAAGAUCAUAACAAGAUGCCCAGGACAAGUACAGACAAACCUGUUGAAACAGAGGUUGACCAAAAUUGUAUUGUACCUGAUUCUGUCUGUCCACUUCAGAAUGGCAAAGAUACAAAAGAUUUAUCAUCAAAGGAGACCACACCUACAAAGUUGGUCCACAACACAACUGUUUUACCUAAACCAGUGAGCAGUACCAAUUCUAGUGAAAACACUCUAGAAUCUCCACGUGGCUCUGGACCUCUAAGUACAUCUCCUGCCUCCUCCAGUGUUUUACAGUCCACAACGUCAUGUGCCUCUAUUGGUACACUCCAUGAUCAGAGGUCUUCAAUUUCACCUGAAAAAAAAUCCAAUCACUCUUUGAUUAUGCCAUCCAUUUUGCACCAGUCUGCUUCGAAUGGUCUUGUGCAGCUUGAAGUUACUGACUCAACAAUGUCCUUAGUGCCAGAGACCCUACACAGCACUUCUCUGGCAGAUGCUGUUAAUCAGUAUGAAAAUCAACUACAUCUUGAGUUUGACGUUAAGAGUGAUUCCCAGCAUUCUACAUCUGUCAGUCCACAAAGACACUCACUCAGCAGUGAAAUCUCCACAGACAGUCUAAUUGACCCGCAGCUCACUAGCUUGACUCUCGAUGACCAAGAUAAUGGAUUGUGUGAUUCAGAUAUUGGACUGAGUGAUAAAGGCAUUGCAGACGAUAGCUUAAGUAGCAGCUCAGGGUCGGUCAACUUCAAAGAGGAAGACAAUUAUGAAAAUGAUGCUGUUUUUGACUCUGGAACAGAUAGCUCUUCUCCAACUUUCAGCAGUACUGGAGAAGAUAUCGAUGAAAUGUCACCUACAUGUCCACGAACUACUGAUGACCUUUUUGCAGCAAUCCAUAGGUCAAAGAGAAAGGUUCUAGGGCGUUGCGAUUCUGAGGAGGAACGUUCCCGUGGUUUUAUAUCGCCACCCGUCACACCAACAAGUUUCAGCCCUAGCAUUGCUCGGAUGCAGAACAGUUACAGCCAGCGUAGGCUGCGCCGUUCCAACACUAGUAAUGACAGCUUCAAAGCCCUACUCCUGAAGAAGGGCAGUCGGUCAGAGCCUGGUUUUCGAAUGUCUGCUACAGAGAUGUUAAAAUGCACUGACCCUAGGCUACAGAGAUCCAAUGCAGAGGCCCCAUCUCCCUUUUCAACGCAGUGCACCUCCCCGGGGAGAAGCAGGAAAGCAUCAGAGGAGUGGGCACGUACAGAGGGUGCAUUGCCUCGUUUUUCGCCCUCACUUUCACACUCCAAAUAUGGGCGCUCCAGUACUCCACCCUGUGCUGCCAGCAGCCGGUAUAACUCCCGCAGUCGCAUCCCUAGUGGACCUAUGACUGUGAUAUGCGAGAAGGAAGGGGAAGUGACAGAGUCAGUAGACUGUUGUAACAUUCCUUUCCCUGUGUCACUGUCCUCCAGUGGCACAGUGUGUGCUCAGGGCAGCACUUAGACCAAAGCUGUUCGAACCAAUCUUGAGAUUGUAGAAAAAUUGUUACACUCAACUACAGAUCACUAAGAUCUUGCUCGCUUCACACACUCGGCCCCCUGUAGCCAAAGAGAGAUGUGGAAAAGGGGAAGUGGAUUCUACAACUUUAUUUUCAUUCUUCUCUAUAGGAAGCUUUUUAAAUUUCACAUGAAAUGUCUAAUUAUUCCCAGAGGUUUACCUUUUUUCCAUCUAUUUUCUCUAUUUGCAGGUUAGGAAGAGCAGGUUAAACGUAAGUUUCAUUUUGGCAUGUUAAGAAGGAAGGAUUCAGGUGAAAUGUGAGAGGUUUUGUUUAGAUAGCUUGUUCUUGGUUAGUUAAUGACCAAAUCAAGCAUGUGUUGGAAAUAACAGCACAUCAUACCACCACAAAUGAUAAGUUAAAGAGGUUUAGGUCAAAAGUAUGGAGUGGAAUACUGUAUUGUAUGAGAAGGUCUUAGUUAACACGAGAACACUAAUAACUGUAAAAAUGAAGUUGUUAAGGAAUGUAUAUGGAGAUGUGUAUAUUUACAGUCGGAUAAAAGUAGAGGCUUUUGGAGGUAUUUAGAAAUAUUGAACUUCAACACAGUAGAUUUGCACUACAUUUCAAAUCCUAAUUACUAUUGUGUCCAACAAUUUUCAUUUUAUAGAAAAUGUUUUUUAAAUGGGCACAUGUUCAAAUGCUUUCAUACCUUUUUUUUUUAUUUUUUUUAACCAAAACAUGUAGUGUAUAAUAUUACCAAGCAAUCUAAUCCUCUUUUCUUUACUUAUAUGAAAAGAAUACAGGUGCUGUAUGCUCAAUAUCAUAAAUGGUGCAUAUUUAGACUGCUUAGGUUAGAACACAUAUAUUGCUAAUACUGGCCCUCAGUGAAAAAUUACUACACUUUUGUAUUAAUGUUGCUUCAGAGGUACUGUAUAGUAUGGAAACCUUGAAGUGCAAAACAAAUGAACAAAAAAAACAUUUAGCAAUGAUGCAAAUGCAAAAGAAACAGAUAAAAGACAAAUGAAAGAUUCGAAGGCAAAUCAAUGAACACGAGUGCAAAUAAAAUAAAAAACACUAAUAAAUCUGAAGGCAUGAUAUUAAAUUCAGAAGCAAUGGCAGCAAUUGAGAAAACCAGAACCCAAUUCUAUUAUAAAAGCACUUUUUUCUUAGUACUUAUUAUUAUUAUUAUUAUUAUUAUUAUUAUUAUUAUUAGAGGACUAAAAUUUCCUAGGAUUUUAUUUUUCAUUUGUUGUAGUUUUUAUGUAUUGUUCAUUUAUUGUGCACUUCAAGGCUUUCCCAUUAAAGCCUUGUAUAUUCUAUUUGUUCUAGUUCAAAAACUCCAUUUACCAUAUCCGCAAUAGCCUGAGAGUAGAUAUAUAAAACUGCUAGGGUGAAACCUAUGAAAAGCCUGUUUCUUUUCAAUGCAAUAAAGUUUGUUGACCAAUUUUCUGUGAUAUUUUACAUGUAUAGCCUUAAACUGCACAAGAAACAGGGAUAUACUUGUAUCCAGAUGUAUAAUAAAAAUCUAAAUACAUAUUAUUGUGAUAUUCCAGUAGAUUUGAUUAAAAAGACCAACCAAAAUAGGUUGCAAAUGAGAGACACGACUAAACAGAUUUUUUCAUUAAACUACUGUCAUUUUCAUUCAUUGUACUACAGAAGCAAACAAUUAAAUAAAUGGCUUGCUGAUUUAUAAUUAUA